UAUAAUCAGUGUGUUGUGUGUAUGUGUGUGUAGCGUGUAUAGCAAAACGUCGAGACCAGCAGCAGCGCACAGACAGGCACGAUCGAGCAAACGACGAGCAACGACUCGCGGACGAGUCUUUUAGUUUUUAAAAGCUCGCUUCUUCUCUCGCGAUCCGGGUAUACGCAUUGUACAAAAAAACAAAGAAAACGGCCAAGGUACUACAUACGUCUCUCUCUCUCAGUAAGCAGCAGCAGCCCCCCGUGUGUGUGCGUGAGCGUGUGUAUACACUCCACGCAUCAUCGAUAUCAACGAAGUGAGGAAAGAAGAGGAGGAAGGGCUCUCUCUCUGUGCGCGAGGCAGCUGAACAGGUGCAAUUGGCAAUUAGGCAGCAGCAGCAGCUUUGGAUCAACGCGCGCGCGCGCGUCUCCUCUCUGUCUUAUCACGCGAAGCUCUCUCGCGCCGAACGUCAACGUCAACAGCGGCAGCAGCAGCAGCAUAAUAUAUACAACGAGAGUGAGAGAGACAGCUCGGUCUGCAUUAUAUAGCCCUUUUUGUGCACGUAUACCAACCAACCAAGCGACACAGGCAUACACACACACUCACUCGCAAGCGCUCCUCUCGUCGUCAUCGUCAACGACCAAACGCCGCCGCCGCAGUGAGAGAGGCUCAGCAGUAGAGCAGCGUCCCGGAGACGACUAAGACGACGACGAUCGACAACAACAACAACGACGAGACGGGCAGCCCCUCGGCUAAGUCGACAGCUUUUAAGCUGGCAGCAGCAAGUGAGCGAGGAAUAUGAAGAGAAGAGCCGCCGAGUGCGGCAAGCUCCGGAGGCCCCCAAAGCGCAACAAGAUCACCGACGGCAUUUACGGAAGUUCCAUUCUGUACUUGAGGUUUCUUGUGCUAUGGGCCAUGGUACUUGCAGCAGACUUUCUCUUGGAAUUCAGAUUUGAAUUCUUGUGGCCAUUUUGGCUUCUGAUUCGAAGCGUUUACGAUUCUUUUAAAUAUCAAGGCUUGGCCUUUUCUGUAUUUUUUAUUUGUAUUGCACUGACAUCAGACAUGAUUUGUUAUUUUUUCAUCCCAGUAAACUGGUUGUUUUUCGCUGCCAGUACAUAUGUUUGGGUGCAAUAUGUUUGGCACACAGAUAAAGGAGUGUGCGUACCAACUGUGAUUUUGUGGCUGAUGUUUCUGUAUGUGGAAGUUGCGAUAAGACUAAAAGAUUUACGUCUUAUGCCAUUUCAUUUAGACCUCUGUAGACCUUUUGCUGCUCAUUGCAUUGGUUAUCCUGUAGUCACUUUAGGAUUUGGAUUUAAAAGUUAUGUUGGUUACAGAAUGAGACAGAGAAAACAAAGAGAUGUAGCUAAAGAAAAUGAAUUUUAUUUACAACUGCUUCAACAAGCAUUACCUGUUGAGCAGCAACCGGCAAAUCUGCCACCACAGAUACCGCCGUCGCAUGUUCAGAUACAAACACAAGUGUCUACUACAGUAGUAGAACAAAAUUCAAAAUCACAGCCUCAGAGGCAAAGUGUACAGUAUAAUCCAAGUCCAGAAAAAGGCAGAGGUAGAGUACUCAACAAUGUGGAAACAAAUCUUCAAAAUGGUGCUCAUAACAAUAUACAGAUAACGUCACACAUACAGAAUUCAAAUAAAACCAAUCAAAGAAAGUCUGUAGACAAGGUAGAAAAACAGGAGGACCAACACAAUAAGCAUAAUACAGAAAAAUUGUCACAAACAGAAAAGAAUGACAAAAAGUAUUCAAAUAAUGGUUCUUCUGUUUCUUCCAAUGACUUGCAGUACAUAGAAAAGAUUAGUCCUGUGAACGACUUUGACUCGGAAGUAGAUAAAGACAAAACAGUUAAGGGUUCAGGACAUAAUUCUGUCAAAACAGUUUCUAAUGUCACAUCCAAUGGUAAAUGGAGUGCAAAAGAUAACAAAGAUACGUCGAAUUCUUCGAACGUUCGAGAAAAGAAGGGACGGCAAGCAAAAUUAGCGCCUGAAACGAACAAUGAACAGCAAAAAUUGCAAGAUGAAUAUUGUCAAAGGAUAACUGCUAAUCGUAAACUCGAAGCUGAAGUCAAACGUCUCAAGUCAGACGUACAAGCGAAUCGAUCGAUAGAACAGGAUCUUAAAUGUCAAAUCAACUCAUUGAUGAGCUCAGAGCGUCAAGCCAAAAGUGAUAUUCAGCAACUACAGCACGACAAUGAGCUGUUGCAAAACAAAAUCCACGGUUUGAAUAAUUCUCGACAAAUGGAUAAACAAACUAUUAGUACAUUGGAGCGGAAAUUAGUGGAAGAGCGUCGACAGCGUCAAGCAGUCGAAACGAAUUUAAACACAGAACGAAGAAAUCGACGGAUAGCCGAAGAACAGCUAUCAGCGGUUCCUCCGCCACCGCCUCCCCGCCAAGAAUGCACGGAUUCGUGCAAAACUCGACGCACACAAAUGGAGCAAGAGCUUAAAAAAUUACGUCGUGAGCUUUCAGAUUUAGGUGAAAGAUGCAAAAGCUACGAGAACAAGGAAGCCUAUUGUAUGGAGCACCAUAGCAAUCAUGCGUCAAUCAUGGCAACGAUCAAUAACUUGAGAAAGAGCUAUGAUGAACUGCAGCAAGCUUUGAGCGCCGAAACUCGCAUUAAAUUAGAUCUCUUCUCUGCCCUUGGAGAAGCUAAACGUGAAUUAGAAAUUAAAGAGAAGACCAUGCAGAGGCAAGAGAAAGAUUUGGAACAAUUAAAGGCUGUUAUAGCACAAGAUUUAGCUGUCAUGCCACAAAAGUUUGGCCCAACUCCUCCUACAUGUUCAACGUCAAAACUGCGUGGUUUGAACAAUGACGUUAAUGUAGUUAAUAUGCAGAUUCGCGCAAACGAAAGUCCCUGUCCAGGCUGCACUGUGUCGAAUUUGGAUCCGAACGCUACAGCGUACACACCUAAAACGUCAUCAUCAUCAUUGGUAGCAUCAACCGCUACCUAGUUUUAAAGACAUGUCUCUCAAAUUGGCAAAGACCCAAAGAUCAGGGUGUUAAUCGGUGAAAUGCGUUUCGUAACAGUCAUCGUUUGUUUCAAUCGAAUUGCCCAUUUAACCCUAAUUUAUUAUUAUUUUCGAAAUGUAAUGCCCAGGUGUUCCAAACUAGGUAUGUGAGACGUGCAAAUUUUAAAUAUGUGUAUUUCGUGUAGAGAAGCGGAAACGUGAUUCAUUCUUUCUACAUCUACCAGACUUAACAUACUCAAUUUAUAAAAAGUAGGAUCUGGUAUUGUAGAUAUUGAUCAUCGGUAAUUCUUUUCUAAUACUGUGGGGUGGUUUCAUCGAAACCGUUAAAAGUUGUGAUAAAAUAUUUUUAUUAGCUAUACAUCGUUCCGUGGUAAUCUCAAAAAUAAAAGAAUAUUUUUUUAGUUUUCAAUCACAUAAAAUGUUUAUGUACUGACGUUUGUAUGUAUUUUAUUCUAAAAAUUUUCGAAAUAGCUAGUAAAAAUCCUUGAUAAAAGCUUUAUGAUUUACGGGCUUAUGAUCUCGAUAAAGUAAUCAACCCACAGAUUUACUUCGAAACUAUUUAACGACUUAAAAAAUCAGAUAAAUGAGAGUCGUUUUAAAAAGCUAGUCUAUCAUUGAAUCAUUUAGAGAUCAUUUCAAAACACCGUUGUAAGCUAGUACUUGUUCCAAAUAAAGAGGCAAGGCAUUAGGAGCUUUGUAUUGGAAAUCAAAAUUUACAGUCCAUAACGUGAAUAUUAUUUUUUAGUGAAAGUACACUUAAUACAUGUUGCAAAUAUUGUUCUUAAAAAUAUUUUUUUAAAAAAUAUCAUUUUUUUGUUUGCUAAUAUACAUGUAUUGAGUGACUUACAGCCCGUAUCAGUUUUUAGAUACUUACACAGACAUAAUAAAGCUCUGCUACAAAGACGUUGAAUAUUUUAAUAUUUUUUCAAAAAAUAUUUUGGCGGGUGUAAAAAGUAUCGGUAUAAUUUGAUUACACCGUAUUAUAAAAAUUUAUACUUCUAUUUGUUGCCCAUUUAGUACUCCUGUUAUGAAUUGAUAUACCGAAAUGAGAUUAUUAAUCUUUAAAAAAAAUUUUAACUUUUUCUUGCCUUAACAUAUUCAAAGUCAUUUUAUGUUUUGUCACUACAUAAGAUAACUUAUUUUAUCGUCUUAAUAUGUUUUUGCAAGGUUUAUGCAAGUAUGAGAAUUCAUUUUUUAUAUCUUUCGUAACAGUGUUCUAGGGUUUCAGGAUUGAAUGAGUUAGCAAAAACAUUAUUUUUCAAGUUUUUUAUUUUCAUUUUCCAAGAUCUUCAAAUAUUAAAUUGCACUAAAAAUGGUAUAAAAACUAUAUUGGUCGAAAAAUUGUUAAUAUGUACUUUAUUACAUAGACAAAAAAUCAGAUUAUUAUAAUAUUUAUUUUCAUUUCGGAACUGAGAAUAUGGAAAUCGAUGGUUAGAUAUCAACAGUUAUCAAGAUAACAACUUGAAUUUGGAAUUCGUAAAACAUUUUGUCUUUUUUCAUCAUCAUUAAAAUAAUUCAUGCUCGCUUAUAAAAUGCGAAUUAAUGUGUAUUUGUGCUCAGUUUAUCAUAAGUUUUUUUAACAAGUAUGUUUGGUCGCUUGAAAUGAGAUUUGAUUAUCGUUAAUGAAAAGGAACGUUGCGCCGUUUUCUUUGAAUGAUUUUACUGUACCUUUAUUUUUAAAUACUUCUCGCGACCGUUGAAUUAUUAUAAACUACAAGCAGAAAGUAAAAAAUUGUGUGAUAUA